CCUAAUUCCCUAGUCAUACUAUUUUUUCUCCCAUCUUGUACUUUUAACAUCUUUCCAGAUGCUCACAUCAACAGUGAUUGUGGAACUCUAUAGUGUAGGCAGAGGUGCCAAGGAUCUGGUCGGGGCCCUCACCAGCCAGGUUCUGUGGGCACUGCCAUACCCUCAGAGCCACUUGGGAUGCUUGCAUGGGCCCGGCCACCCUGGGAUCCGAGGUUGUCUUUGGAGCCGUUGGCUGCGCGCGUGCUGAAGCGCCACCACAAGUCAGAGACGCAUCACAGCACGCGCCAGAGACGCUGUCCUGAGCCAGCCCGCCUGAGCCAACCCUGCAGGCGUCAGGUGGCCCCGGGACUCAUGGCCGCCGGGCAAGGAUCCUUGAGGUCCUGGUUCCUGAGUUGUCACCUGCUGCUGCUGCUUCUGCUACCGCCAAACUCCGGUUUCACAGAUGACAGAACUACACCAGUUUCUGAACUUUGUGGUGAACCCUGGUGGACACAGGAUUCGGACCAGCCCCGCCAUUGGCCCUGGGAGGUGAGCCUCCGGAUAGACAGUGAGCAUGUGUGUGGAGGGUCCCUCAUUGACUCCAAAUGGGUGGUGACUGCUGCCCAUUGCAUCAAAGGCUCCAAAAACUACACAGUGGUACUUGGUACUUCCAAGCUGAACCCAAUGAGAUACGAAAAGGUCAUCUGGAUCCCUGUGAGGGACAUCAUUGUGCACCCCAAGUUCUGGGGUCGAACAUUUGUCGUGGGUGAUAUCGCCCUUCUCCAACUCCUCACUCCCGUCACCUUCAGCAAGUAUGUUCAGCCCAUCUGCCUCCCAGAACCCAACUUUAACCUGAAGAUUGGCACACAGUGCUGGGUGACUGGCUGGGGCCAGGUCAAACAGCGCUUUUUAGCCAACUCCACGCUGACCACAGAGCUGCAGGAGGCCGAGGUGUUCAUCAUGGACAACAAGAGAUGUAACAAGAUUUAUCGCAAGCUCUCCGUUAUCCCCCGAAUUACCCGCCUUGUCCAGGGAGAUCUGGUCUGUGCCACCAACUAUGGGGAUAACUUGUGCUCUGGAGAUUCUGGGGGGCCAUUGGCUUGCGAAGUCCACGGCCGAUGGGUGCUGGCUGGGGUGUUGUCCUGGGAGAAGGCCUGCACCCAAACACGGAAUCCAGGAGUGUUUGCUCGUAUCACCAAAUAUAGCCAAUGGAUCAAGAAGCAACUGAGCCAUGGAACUCUGACUGGUCCUUGCAGCUCCUCCUGGCUCCUAUUCCUGUCCUCGCUGCUGUGGCCUCUGAUGGGCCCCUGACUUCACCCCUUCCUCUGCCUGCUUUGCCUCUGCUGGAUGGCAACAGAUGGGGGGUUGGACCAAGGUCACAUGUCCAUAUUCAAGGGUAGGGAAAGAGUGGCCCCUGGGAAACUGGGUCCUGCUUUGGCAUCCCAACAGGGAAGGGUGUGGUGAAUGACUAAGCCCUGGGUGAGAAAAAGGGGGAGUAUGAUCCAGAGGGUUCUGGAAUCUGGGACAAAGAUAGUAGGGUUUAAAUUUAAUGCAAAGUGAGCUGGUUCUUUUUUCUGUUCCCUGGAGCUUCCCUGGGGGUUGGGAGUAGGUGGGAGGUCAGGGCCUCCUGGAAUUAAUUCUGCCAGGGAGCUCCCAAAUGGGAAGCUGUCUCUCUCCAGUGUUGGAGCAUAGGAAAAGGACCUGGGCCUGCAGCCUCCGUUCUUUCAUCUGUACAGUGGGUAUAUUACUGUAAGGGAGGAGUCAAAACAUGCCUUAUAGGCUGACAGUAGGCAUGAUCCACAGAGAUCACUCUGAACACAGCUUCGUGUUUUCUUUAAACUAAUUGUAAAAGUAUUAUAUGUUUAUCAUAAAAAGCUAGGAAAUACAGUGAAGCCCAGAGAAAGGAAACCUUCCCCAGUCCCACCACACAGAGAUACACAACUCUUCUCAUUUUGAUGUAUUUCCCUCUAUGUUCUUUUCUUAUUAAAAAAAAAUAUUUCAAGCAAUGUA